CAUCGUUAAAAAGAAGAUAUGCUCAUCUUUCCUACUGUCGGUAUGUCAUUCAAAAUUCGUUUAUUAUGUUUUUUUGCCAGCGAUAUUCAUAACAUUCCAAAUAAAGUAAGAAGAAGAAAUCUACGAAAAGAAAGAAGGAAAAUAACGGCUGAAUAACCUUGCCAUGCGCCCAUGACUUAUUUUAUCUAUACUUGGCUGUGUGCCAUGAGUUGUAAACAACUAAGAUGACGCGCUAUGAUAAGAGAUAACCAACGGGUCUCUUUUGGAGGUGGUUUCUGGGCAGCAGCGUUGUGCUUGGGCAGAUCAGACAAUACAUAAAAAGAGCCCCGAAACUGUGAACUCUAUUGAGUUGGUUGGCAGCAAGUCAAGAAGUUGAAGCAACAAUGAGUCUCUCCGCUAAGGACAAGGCAAUUGUCAAGGCCUUUUUUGGCAAGGUUGCCGGCAGGGCAGAGGAUGUUGGCAACGAGGCACUUUCCAGGUAGUUACAAUUAUUUAAUUAUUUACUACAAGUAAUUGAUCACUACAAGUAUUUAAGACCUUUGAAUAACUUGUGAAUGGUUGAAAACUCCUUACCAUACACGUGCGAAAAAAUGGUACUCGCGCGUAAAUGGAACUCUCUUUUUCCAAUUCAUAUCAAGUUAAAAGAGUGGGGUCGUAUAGUACAACGAGAAACAUGCCACGCAUAAACGAAGUAUGUUUUCAACCUCCCAGGACGCUGGUGGUGUACCCCCAGACCAAGACAUAUUUCUCCCAUUGGAAGGACCUGAGCCCCGGCUCUGCCCCGGUCAGGAAGCACGGUGGGACCGUUAUGGGAGGCGUCCUGGGUGCCAUUGAGAAGAUUGACGACCUUAGUGCUGGUCUUCUUACCCUCAGCGAGUUGCACGCCUUCAUGUUGAGAGUGGAUCCUGCCAACUUCAAGAUCUUCAACCACAACAUGCUGGUGACGCUGGCCAUGAUGUUCCCUGACGAUUUCACCCCUGAGGUGCACGUGGCCACUGACAAGUUUCUGGCCCAGUUGGCCCUGGCUCUGUCUGAGAAGUACCGUUAGGCAAUGAGCCAGAUUUCCACUUGACAAUCUUUGUAGGGUGCCAAUUUAAAUGAAAAGAUGCAAUAAAUGAAUCCUACCGAUCGAAUCUGAAACGUUGUUGUCCUUGGUGAUUAAUCGUAGGCUAUAUGUUUUUUAAUGUUUAGCUACUUAUUUAUUUAAUUGAUAGACCUAGAUUAUUGAUUGUGAAAUAAUUACACAAAUAUAUCCACUAUCCACAAAGUUGAAACUUCCACUACUCCACUGUGGGUCCACAAUGCCAUUAAUAGUUAUAGCAAUUAUUAUAGUGAUAGGUAACCACCACCUUCAUUGUCAUUAUUAUGAUCAUUAUUAUCAUUAUUAGGCUACCAUUUUUACAUCACAAUCAUUAUGA